AGGCUGGUGGUGCUGCCUCUGCUGCUCCCUGCGCUGCCCCAGCCCCUGUGCAUGGGCUGCCGCCGCUUCCCCCUCUGAUACAUGGCUGGCUGGCUGGACUUGUUACAGUGUCACAUCCUCCCCGCCAGCUGCAGCACCAACUUCCCCCCCAGCUAGUCUCCUCCUGCCCGGGGCUGCUGCAAAGUGAUGGGAUAGAGCAAAGCCACUCCAGCACCUGGGCUUCUGUUUAUUACAGCCUGUCUCCCUGUCCUAUUCCUUGGUGGUUCUUCUUCCUCUCUUCCUUUUCCCUUCUUUAUUUUAUUCCUCCCUUCCCCCUUGUCUUGGAGCCUAGAUUUGUUGAGUUCUUCUGGAAAGGUGGAGAAGCUGGGAAGAUCUCCUACUGCUUUCCCAAGCUCAUGGGAGGAGCAGGGAUGGGACAGAGAAAGCUCCCAAGGGCUCCCUCUGGCCCUGCAAUGACAUCCUUCUGCCUCCAAGGGAGAGGAAUGAAGGUUUCCCUGCUGCUCCCCUUUCCUUGACUUCUUUGAGAGGACAGUGAAAUUUCCUCUUUCCAGAGGAAAAGGGGAGUGAGAUAGUAGCACCCCUUAUGAAAAAUCAACAUCAGAUAUAUGUUGGGGAAAGGAGGAAAGCGGAAGUUUGACGAGCAUGAAGAUGGGCUGGAAGGCAAAGUGGUGUCUCCUACUGACGGUCCAUCUAAGGUGUCUUACACCUUACAGCGCCAGACUAUCUUCAACAUUUCCCUUAUGAAACUUUAUAACCACAGGCCAUUAACAGAGCCAAGCUUGCAAAAGACAGUUUUAAUUAACAACAUGCUGAGGCGAAUCCAGGAGGAACUCAAACAAGAAGGCAGCUUGAGGCCUGUGUUCAUCACCACUUCACAGCCUACUGACCCUCUGGGUGACAGCUUUCGAGAGGCUCAGCCUGCGUUCAGUCAUCUUGCCUCUCAGCCUGUUCACCCCACUGACUUAGUAAGCACUACACCAUUAGAGUCUUGCCUCACCCCAGCCUCUUUGCUUGAGGAUGACACUUUUUGCACUUCCCAGACUGUCCAACACGAUGGUCCUACAAAACUACCACCUCCAGCUGUCCAACCGGUAAAAGACAGUUUCUCCUCGGCCUUGGACGAAAUUGAGGAGCUCUGUCCAACACCUACCUCUACCGAGGCAGUAGUAGUAGCAACAGAAGCAGCAGCAACAACGGAUGACUCUAAAGAGAACUCCAGUGAGUCUAAUGUUCAAAAGUCUGAGGGAGUCCAAGAGAGCAGAACAAGUGAAUCAAAACUCAUGGACUCUUUACCCGGCAAUUUUGAGAUAACAACUUCCACAGGUUUCCUUACAGACUUGACCUUGGAUGAUAUUCUGUUUGCUGACAUUGACACAUCUAUGUAUGAUUUUGACCCUUGCACAUCUGCUACAGGGGCUGCCUCAAAAAUGGCUCCUGUCUCAGCAGAUGAUCUCCUAAAAACUCUAGCCCCCUAUAGUAGUCAACCAGUAACCCCAAAUCAGCCUUUCAAAAUGGACCUCACAGAACUGGAUCACAUAAUGGAGGUGCUUGUUGGGUCUUAAAGUAUAACGACUUUUUAUGUACCAGUAUAUACACUUGGUAGUAUUUUCACAACCCUUCCCUCCCUCCCCGCCCCUCCAAAUUCACAGCACUGUGCAUGCGUCCUUGCUUGCCCUUUUUUUAAAAGAAAAGGAUCACACUAGUUUUUGCUUCAAGCAGAGUUGGAGUGCCUUCAUCCAUGUAUGACCACUUUCAAUGUAUUUUUUUAAAGUGGUUCCUCAAGGAAGACCUAAUACCCUGGUAUAGGAAAGAAUACAUAUUGUAGACAAUAUUACUAUGCUAUUACGACAAAAAAAUUGAAUUGUAAAAGCUAAGCACAAGGAUUAUGUUGGGGAAAGCUGUACAUUUGCAUGUGCAUAUUUGUCUAUUUUUUCUAUAAGUUUUAUUGCAAGAGGUAAAAAAUUUAUUAUUUAGAUAAUCUCAGUACCUUUUUGGCAUUUUAGCCCUGUAUAGGUUGACUUAGCAAUUCAGCCCUUUGGAGGCAUUAACUAGUCUUCUUUAAGUGUUGCAUUUACAUGGCUGUUUAGAAACUGCUGCCCAAAUUUAUUUUAUAUUUUUGUACAGAUUCUGCAGUUUAUUAUAUUGUUUUUUCUAAAAACAAAUGCUGUUUAUACACACAAAAAAUAGCUAUUUUGAUAGGGUUUGCUCACAUAGUUCCUGCAUAAUUGAUGUACAAGAACCACUUGUACUUUUAUACAGAGUUGUAAUGUUUUAUAUGUGUAUGGUGCAAAGAGAAAAAUGGAUCAAAUAAAUCUGCAGUUAGGUCUCCCUGAAUGCAAACAGUGCUUUAAGAAAGGGCCGGGGUCUGUUUCACAAAUAUUUACUCGCUGCUGUAGCCACCUGUGCACUACUGUGAUUUGAAAACCUAGAGCCAUGUCUACUCCAAGACCUAUGUUAAACAGUUGGCAGGAGAUAAUUGUGAAACUUCGUUCUAAGUGUUCUCUUGUGAGAUCAAGGCUACUGAAAACCUGAUCCCGAAGCCAGUAUGUCAAGCAAAUGUAUAAUCUUUUUCUUUUUAAGCAAAGUUUUUGUUUGUUUUUUUCUAAAUUUGGAACAGCCAAUUGUCUUUGUUACUUGAAAUGUGUUACCUUUUUAGCAAGUCGGCAUUUCCUUAGCUGAAGUUAUUGCGAAUGAUUUUAAUGGGAAUAUACACGCCAUUUACAAAUACAUCUCUUUGUAAUUUUUCUUAAAGAAGGUAUACAUGGUAUUUGUUCCAAUUAAUUGGUGUUCAAGAUUCCACUUGCCCUUUCUUGGAGCAUUCUUUCUCCCUCACUGUGUUAAUAAGUGCUGAAAAAUGCAACUUCAGUAUUACUGCAGUGAAGCUCAUCUCUUAUCUGCACUGGAUGGACUUAUUUUAGUAUCCAUUGCUGUUGAAACUGGAGCCAGUCGUGUUACAUCACUUGGCAUCUCCUGUAGGGUUCGUUUCUUGUAUCAACCACGUUACCUGCUUUACACUUUAUAGACCUGUUUUACAAUGAAUAUACAGACACGGCUUUCUAUGCAUGUUUCCUUCCCCCGUAACACCUGAGAAGUCUUCUCAUUACUGCACCAAUAGCGUUUUUGUAUUCAUUGUGGUGUACAUUUAAUUUAAAAAAACGUUUGCAAUGUAUCCUGCCUGUUGCUGAACUUGCUAUGGCAUUGUGGUUUUUCAAUGGUACUUUAGCUGAUGAGUGCAGGUUACAACCUAUAUUGUUGACAUGCCUAUGGCUUCUUUAGGAAUAACUUUUAUAUUUAUUUAAGAAAUUUUAAAUUAUGUUUUAUGUCAUUUGGCAAUAUUCAGUCAAUUCUGCUCCCUUCUUGUCGUGGAUAAAAUUGGGUCUUGUCUGCCUUUAAGAAGGCAGCUUUAUAAAUUGGCACUUUAAACAGGCCAUAUAUAUUUACUAGUAAAUAUAUAUAAUGCACACACAUAAUACAAAGCAAAUAAAUUUUGCAAUGAAGGAACUGCUACUCUAAAUGCAAUGCAUCAUGUACAAUUAGGAAAUGCUUCUAGCUCCUAAUUAAUCAGCCAGUUUUAGUAUAUUUUAAAGUGAAUUACUAACUCUCUAACACAACAAGAUGUUGAUUAUAAUCGCAAUUGUUUGCUUACAAUAUAGUAUUUUCUAACUUCAAACAGAAUGGCAUCAACCAACUGUAGAAUUAGGGACCAUUUUUAAUUGCCAGCGCUGGGGAAGGGUCGCUCUAUUUUGCAUCCAGUAAUGUUUGGCUGUUGUUCAUUCAGCAGCUUCCAUUCCUUGUAAGAGAACAAUCCUGCCACAGACUGCAACUUUUGUAACUGGAACACCCAAGGAACCAUGGCUACAAGGUGUAUCAAUCUGUAUACAGAAACCUAAAGCCAUGCAAUAAUGUUGAUAGUUCAGAACAAUAACAUGGUAAGCAGUUGAUUAUCGUUGUUCUAAGUUAUUGUAAAUCAGUUCUUAACAACUGCCCUUUCUUUGGAUUAGUUAAUUGUGUUUUUAGACAAGCACCAUAUGUUAAGCAACAGUUCAAAUAAACUCCAUUAUCAGAGCAGUGAACUGUUGUUUAAAAGUGGUUGUUUGAAGUCUCUUUGUAUUUGCAGACCAGGAGAAAGAAUCUCAAAAUACUCUUUACCACUCAAAAGAAAUCUGUGUAUUCUUGGUAAUAAAGUAGGGAAAUCCUUAAUAAUAGAGUACUUAAAGGAAAUUGGCAGGAGAUACACAAAGAGCAAAACACCUGAUUUAUAAAAUUAGGCAAAAGGUCGGUAAUUCUUAUUUUGAACUGUAACCUUUAAUUCUAUAGAUUGAAAUGCUUGUUGGAAUCUUCUGCUUUGGCAGUAACUUUCUUUCUAUAGCAUGGCCUUCUUGCAAAGGUCUGAGUAUAACAGUCAAGAUAAGAAUUCUUUAUAAAAGAUGAAUACCCAGGUGAUGUAUAUUGACAAUGAUGUGCAAUGAAGUGACAAGAUGGGAGCAGAACAAAAGAGCUUUGGAUUUGAAGUGAUUUUUUCAUAAGUUAUUUAUUCCUUUUUUUCAUUGUAAAUAUAUUUAUUUUAUUGUGAAGCUAACAACAUCUGGAUUGUAACAUGUACAGAAUGUAUGGUAGGAAUGUAUUCUCUUGUAGGAAUGUAAAUCUGUAUGGAAAGGGGAUGGAAGCCUUGAUUCAGAGAAAAUGCAUUGGGUUCUAUUGAGGAUAUGCACGGUUCACAUUAAUUUCCCCCCCCCACACACACACUUUUCCAACAUGGGUCUGGUUGUUUGAAAUAUGCAAAAAGUAUGGGUGAGGGAGACUUUAAUACUCAAAAUUAGUCCUAAAAAUCAGACUCGUAAUGCGUCAGUUCCUUUAAAGGGGCCUGCUCUUGCACUCUUUAAAGUCAGAUGGAGUUGUGAGUAGAAGCAGCAGCAAGAUCAGCAUACCACCGCUGUUCCUUUAAGGGUUGAUCUUGUAAAUGCACGAGGAAGGGCAGGUCUACGCUACCGCUUAAGUCAAUCUAACUUAUGUCGUUCAGGGGUGUGAAAAAGCCUCCCCCCGGGCAACGCAAGUUUCGCUCUGUCCAGACCAGCACUAUAUCGGUGGGAGACACUCUCCCGCUGACGUAGCUUUGGCGUCUCACCGAGGUGGAGUAAUUCUCAGUGGGAGAGCGCUCUCCCAUCAGCAAAGCAUGUCUUCACCAGACGCACUACAGCGGCGCAGUUGCAUUGGUGCAGCUGCGCUGAUACAGCGCUGCAGUGUAGACUUGCCCUAAAUCUUUACUCAUGCAAGCAGUCCCCGUGAAGUCUGUGGGGGCUAUAUGAGUAAGAGUUUGCAGGGUGGUGCCCUUACUCCAGAAAGUGCAACAGAACUGACACUGCAUUUGUGCAAACUGGUAAGAUGCAGACAAAAAGUGGUAAAUGCACUUUCCAAGUGCACCAUGUCUUUUUGCAUGGGUUUUGAUUUUACUAUUGCUUAUUGGGCCUGAUCAGGCAGUCCUUGCUCAUACAUAAUUCAUGUAGUUCUCAGUGGGAAUGUUGCCAGCAAUACAGGAUUGGGCCCCAAUAACAGUCCCUGCUCAGAGUCCUAGUGGACUGUACAUAUCUGUAUGCAAAGCAAGGAGAGAUUCCUUUUAAAAGAAACUUUGAGGAGCAGUAAAGUAUUACAAAUUAAAGGCAUCUGUCUAUUUAUGUUCCUCGCAGUGAGCUACAAAAUAAGAUGAUCGAGACGCCACCUGAAAUGCCCAGUGUGAGAAUAAACUCUUAGCUUGUGCUGCAGCCAUUGUAGGUUUCUCCCUGCUGUAUGUUAAUCGCCUUCAGUGUUGUGAUUCCAAAGUUUACACGUUCUUCAAAUUGUAAUGGUUCCUGCCUGAGAAAUGGGUUCAUUCACUCCGAAGAGGCGUGAACGUUGAUUUAAUUUUGAACAGAUUUCGGCAUCCUGCUCUUGUGAAAGUUGCUUUCAGUGCUUACAUUAAUGAGUCUGAAUGUUUCUCAGAAAUUAGUUCAUUUUAAGCUUCCCCUCCCCCCCUCUUUCAGGAAAUAGGCCUAAUGCAAAUUCUAAAAUCCUUUUUAAAAAAAAAAACAAACUUUUUAGAGGGUUAACAAUGUAAUCCAUGCUAGAAUCUGUAAAGGCAGAGAUUCUGGAAAAGGUGUGUAUAUAUAUAUAUAUAUAUAUAUAUGUAGUGUGACAUGUUCAGUGCAUGGUGGUUGAACAGGGCUUGUUAUUGUCAAAAAGAAGGCUGUAUUUUUUUUUCCCCCCACAGACCUUAGCGCUGUGCCUUUUCUAUGCAAUAUUACAGACAUAUACAUUUGAACCCAGAUUACUGUAUUCACAUGUAGGUAUGGGCUGUAAUCAAAACAAUUGGACAAAUGUACAUGGAAAUGAGCAGUCUUACUUUUGUAGUUUUAUAUUAUACAAUAAACAAUUAAAAGAUACAAAACUCU